AUGAACCGGAUCGCGGUGAGGUCGGUUGUCGGCGGCCUGCUCGGCGGCCGGAACUGCAACCGCUACAUUUCCACUGCGGUGGCCGUCAGGCCCUUGGACGGCCCCGAGUUUCUGAAUCGCUGGAACGGUGACGUUUUGGGCGGGUUUUACUGGAGGAGGAUGAUGAGCACGGUGCCGCAGUCUGCUGAAACGGCGUCGCUGGGGGAGAAGGAGCAGAAGGAGAGCCAGAGCUCGGUUUCCGACGACGCUAAGAAAGGAAGUGAUAGCGUUGUCGUUUCGAAUUACUGGGGGAUUCAGAGGCCGAAGAUCACAAGGGAGGAUGGGAGUGAGUGGCCUUGGAAUUGCUUCAUGCCAUGGGAGACUUAUAAGUCAGACUUGUCGAUUGAUCUGAGCAAGCAUCAUGUGCCGAAGACGUUUCUGGACAGAGUUGCGUAUAGGACCGUCAAGCUUCUUCGGAUUCCAACUGAUGUUUUCUUUCAGAGGCGGUAUGGGUGCCGUGCAAUGAUGCUGGAAACUGUGGCAGCUGUACCUGGUAUGGUGGGAGGAAUGCUACUGCACUUAAGGUCUCUCCGCAAGUUCCAGCAGAGUGGUGGUUGGAUCAAGGCUUUACUUGAAGAGGCAGAGAAUGAGAGGAUGCACCUCAUGACAAUGGUGGAACUUGUGAAGCCCGUGUGGUACGAGAGACUACUGGUUCUCGCUGUGCAGGGAGUGUUCUUCAAUGCCUUCUUUGUUCUUUAUGUGCUUUCCCCCAAACUGGCACAUAGGGUUGUUGGGUAUCUGGAGGAGGAGGCUAUACACUCUUAUACAGAGUAUUUGAAGGAUAUCGAUAGUGGCAAGAUUGAAAAUGUACCGGCUCCUGCAAUCGCAAUUGACUACUGGAGGCUUCCUAAAGAUUCUACACUGAAGGAUGUUAUUACUGUGAUUCGUGCUGAUGAAGCUCAUCAUCGAGAUGUCAACCAUUUUGCAUCUGAUAUUCAUUUUCAGGGCAAGGAAUUGAGAGAGGCACCAGCUCCCCUUGGUUACCACUAG